AUCUCAGGGGGCUGGCACCGGAGCAGGGACAGUUCCUUCCCCAGGUCCAGCAGAGAGGCCUCCAGGUGCUGCUUCUGUCGUCAGAUGCGUUCUGUUCCACGCACACCUGGAUGGUACCCUCUCCUCAGCCCCGGCGCCCCCGGCCCCACACGCUGGUAGCUCGGGCUGCCUUGCAGACCAGCAGUUACCAGAUUUUCAGAAAUACUGGGAGAAGGAAGACUUAAACUUUAGGAGAAGUUGAAACAACUGUUAAAUGUACUCAUUUGAGACGUGGUGGAAGGAAGGGGGCGCUCUCGUCUGCCUGCAGUGGAGCCAGGCCUGGGCCAGGCUGAGGCCAGGUGUCCUGUGGGUGGCUGGGACCCCCACCACCAGAGUCGCCACCGCUGCCUCCCGGGCUCUGCACCAGCAGGAGCCGCAGCCUGGAACGCAGCCCAGGUCCUGGGGUCUGGGCUGCCGGCAUCCUAACCACGGCUAAGUGGGCUGUCUUUCCCGUGCACCCAGACAGACUUAGCAUUCCUGUUCUGGGCAGUGCACUAGCCGGGUGGGACAGAGCUCCUGCCGCAUGGCACGGGCCCUGGGUGGGAGGAGGGGCUGUCUGUUGGGGGGCUGCACAGGAGAGCAGGGCCUCGGAGGUGGGCGUGUCCAAGAAAGGGGAGGAGCCUCUUUGCUUCUGUGCUGCCUGAACAAGCCUCCCCACUCCACACCCCCCAGCAAACAGUGCCGCUGGGAGGACUCUGGUCUGCUGCCCCGUGGCUGGGAAAGCAAUGGUGGGCACAGGUGCCGGCCAGGCUCUCAGCAUCAAAGCUCCCCGGGUUCACAGGGAGCACCUGGCCAAAGAUUUCCUCAUACAGAUGGAGAAACUGGGGCCCAGAGAGGGGCAGCCACUUGUCCAACGUCACAAAGCACAUUGGCGGAGAGCUGGGAGGCAGCUCUUCCCAGCCUGGGCCCGGCAGCCUCCCCCUGGUGGCCAGACACCUGCUUCUCGUGGGUCACAGGAACCUGCCGCCCAGGCCUGCCCACGGUGCUGGGGACUCAGAACCGAGCCAGGCUUGGUUCAGCUCAAAGGGACCAUGAAGGGGGCCCAGCAGUGAGUUCUGUCACGUGGUAGUGGAACGAGCAAAGAACGAACAAGCGUGCGCACCCAGGAACACAGCGAGAGGCCCUGCCUCUGCCUGGGGAAGGCAGGAGGGCCUCCCGGCAGAGGGGGCAGGGCAGCUGGCAUUUGAAGAUGGGUAGGAGACUCCAGACAGAGGAAAUGACGUCAGCACAACACAGAGCAAGAGUGCAGACACUCCACGGGGACCUGCUGCAGCACAUGGAGAAGAACACCAAGCUGGACAUGCAGUUUAUCAAAGACAGCCGCCAGCACUACGAGAUGGAGUACCGCCACCGCGCGGCCAACCUGGAGAAGUGCAUGUCUGAGCUGUGGCGCAUGGAGCGCACGCGGGACAAGAAUGCGCGGGAGAUGAAGGAGAGCGUGAACCGGCUGCACGCCCAGAUGCAGGCCUUCGUGUCCGAGAGCCAGCGGGCAGCCGAGCUGGAGGAGAAGCGGCGCUAUCGCUUCCUGGCCGAGAGGCACCUGCUGCUUUCCAACACCUUCCUGCAGUUCUUCGGCCGGGCCCGGGGGACGCUGCAGAACCGCGUGCUGCUGUGGAAGGAGCAGUCGGAGGCCAGCCGCGGCCCGUCGCGCGCCCACUCCCCGGGCCUGCUGGGCCCUGUGCUGGGGCCGCCCUACCCCUCGGGCCGCCUGACGCCCACCCGCCUGGACAUGCCCCAGCGGCCUCUGGGCGACUUCGGCGCCCCCCGCAGCCGGCACGGCUCGGGCUCCUAUGGUCCCGAGCCGGCCGCCGAGGCGAGGUCCGCGUCGCAGCUGGAGCCAGCGCGCCGGCCCCUGCCCCGGACGCCGUCGACCGCCUCGCUCUACGGCGGCGGCGCCCGGAGGGUGCGCGCCCUGGUGUCCCACUCGGAGGGCGCCAACCACACGCUGCUGCGCUUCUCGGCGGGGGACGUGGUGGAGGUGCUGGUGCCCGAGGCGCAGAACGGCUGGCUCUACGGCAAGCUGCAGGGCUCGUCCGCGAGCGGCUGGUUCCCCGAGGCCUAUGUGAAGCCUCUGGAGGACGCGCCCUUGAGCCCCAUGAAGCCCUUGAGCCCCAUGACCUCCAUGAACCCCGUGACCCCGGCGAAUGAGCUCCCCUCCAGGUCCUACCCGCUCCGCGGCAGCCACAGCAUGGACGACCUCCUGGACCGGCCGGGCAACGCCACGGCGUCCUUGGAGCUCUGGGACGGCCAGCCCCGCUCCCGGACCCCGAGCCGCGUCCCGAGCCCCGCGCCCACCCCUCUGCCUGGCAGCCGCCGGAGCAGCAUGGGCAGCGUGGGGGCGGCCGGCGACGUCAAGAAGCUGAUGUCCUGGGAGCAGCACCCCCCGGAGCUCUUCCCGCGGGGCACGAACCCCUUUGCCACCGUAAAACUGCGACCCACGGUCACCAACGACCGCUCGGCACCGCUCAUCCGCUGAGGCGUGCCUGCACCUGAAGGCCUGCGCCCGCCCCGGCGCUCCCAGCUGGCACAGGCGGCGGCGGCGGCUCCCGGAGGCCGGGCCCCACGCGCAGUGGCCGUCCUUGCCCACGGGCGCUGGCCCGGGGCCUUCAGAGUGAAGCGGGGGAUCGGGCGGCAGGUGGGACUGUGCCUGAGAAGCAGCCCUGCGCCCCCCCAGCUGCCCCCCCCCGUCUCCGCCCCAGGGGGAGGAGCCCCCGUGUCCCACCCCCAACCCACACGUGUCCCCAAUUAACUUUUGUAAACGGCGAGGAAUAAAGGGAGUGGACGUGGA